CCAUUCCAUUGACAGCGUUUCGACACUGCCAUAAAAGAUAAGCGUCGGUAUCGUGGUGAAGGUUUUUAAUUCGGCCUUUCCCUGCCAUAUCUCUCUUUAUGUCACCUUCGUAUCAGACAAGUUAUUACCAAUGGAUAUACGGCACGCAUUGCACACCCCAUGCCUAAUAGGUAGAUCAUUGACAUAUAUGCGGAAACGAUAAUGGAAGAAGUUAUUGUGAUUUUAUCCGAUUCUGAUGAAGAUAUCAAACCAUUUGAAUCACUCUCGAAGAAACGUAAAAUUGAUUCAGAUUCACAAGAUGAAUAUGAACCACUAUCUGUUAAGAAAACGAAGAAAGUUAAAACAGAGGGUACAAAAACUAUCAAGUCUGAGAAACCUAAGAAAAACCGAACUGCUGCAAAAGAAAGAAAACCAAAAGCAACAGUUAAGAGUACUGCUAAGGAAAUCAAAGUAGUCAAAGAAGAGAUCAAGAAUGAGCCUGCUCUUACAGAUGCACCUAGCAGUUCUAAUCCUCAGCAAAUGCAACAUGCAGAAACUUAUUUUGAGGAGUGGACAGAAGCAGAGUUGGUGGCUGAAGUACAGGAAAUUGAGAUCAAAAUAGCACAGAAUGUUAUACGCCUCCUAGAUGAAGAGAAUACCAUUCCUUUUAUUGCACGGUACAGAAAAGAACUGACAAAUGACAUGUCUCCAGAAAAACUAAGAGAUGUUAAAGCUUCAUACGAGAUUGCCAAAUCUGUCAAACAGAGGGCUUCUUUUGUGAGGAACAACAUUACAAAGCUGGGGAAGAUUACACCACUUUUGGAACAGUGCAUUCGAUGUGCUCGAAGCAUUAAUGAACUAGAUCACAUAUACAGCCCAUACAAAGUAGGCAGCAAAAAUACUCUGGCUGUACGAGCUCGUCAACUAGGACUCGAUGAAGCUGCAAAUGCAAUACUCAAUGGUUCAUGGUUUGUGUCAAGUGAGACUUUUGUAGACCCAAUGAAGAAGGGACUACAUUCUGUGAAAGAUGUUGAAUUGGGGAUUCAACAUAUCAUAGCAGAUAUUAUCAGCAAGGACAAAGGUGUCCUGGACUUACUUCGCAAAUUAAAAGAAAAUGCAGGCAUAUUCUUAGAAACAAGUAAAGCACGGGCUACAAGAGAGAGAAAAACUGAUAGUACGAAAGAUGUGAAGAAGGAAGCAUUGAGCAACAACCAUAAAGAUAAAGCUUAUAUUGAAAGCAAGUUUGAAAACUAUUUCAAAUUUUCUGCCCCUGUCAAAUCUGUCAAACCUUACCAGGUACUUGCAAUAAAUCGAGGGGAGAACCUCAAAGUGUUAUCUGUGAAGAUCAACAUACCAGACUGGGUACUGCACCAUUUGAUGGAGUUUUGUGGCAGACAUUGGCUAUGCAAAGGAAUGUCAUAUCCAUUACGACAAAGAUUAAUAGAACAGAGUAUCAGGGAUUCUUAUACAAGACUUAUUCAGCCAUUGCUGGUGCGGCAGGUCAGAUAUGAACUGAGUCAGAAGGCUGAGCAUGCAGCAGUUGAAGUAUUUGCGACCAAUCUGAAAAAGUUGCUGCUUUUGCCGCCUGUCAGGGGAAAAACAGUUUUAGGAAUUGAUCCAGGUUUUCAAAAUGGUUGUAAAAUGGGCAUUACCUCAUGCAGUGGGAGUGUAUUGGCAACUGAUGUGAUUUAUCCACCAUUUGACAGACAGAUACAUCCUAAUUCAGAUUCCAGUGCACGUAAGCUUAGAGAUCUACUUGUAAAAUACAAAUGCGAAUUGAUUGCUUUGGGUAAUGGUACAGGUUGUCGUGAAACAGAAUCAUACCUAAGUGAUCUGAUUCAGAAAGGCUGGUUUUCUCCUCUGGAUGUGAAGUUCACUAUUGUGUGUGAACAGGGAGCAAGUAUCUACUCAUGUAGUCCUAUAGCUCAGAAGGAAUUUCCAGACACAGAUCCAAAUAUCAUCAGUGCAGUUUCUUUGGCACGGAGAUUGCAGGAUCCCCUCGGAGAACUAGUAAAAGUAGAACCAAAGCACUUGGGCGUAGGCAUGUAUCAGCAUGAUGUACCUGAAAAACAGCUGAGUGCAACACUUGAUGAAGUGGUAGUAGAGUGUGUCAGCUUUGUGGGUGUGGAUGUAAACACAGCGUCUCAUUGCUUACUCAGGAAAAUAGCAGGUCUAAAUUCUUCAAGAGCUGAAAAGAUAAUUGAAUGGCGUUUAGCCAAUGGAUCAUUCAUCAAUCGACAGCAGUUGAAACAAGUAAAAGGCAUCGGACCAAAAACAUUUGAACAGUGUGCAGGUUUCAUUAGAAUAAUUCCAGAGACAGCUCAGAAGAGGAAUAUAAAUACAGAUGGAGGCAGCAGUCAGUGUAAGAAACAGAAGUUUUGUAUUGAUGACACAGAAAAUCCACUGGACAGGACAUGGAUUCACCCAGAAUCCUAUUUUGUAGCAUUAAGGUUCAUUGCUAAAUGUGGCACUGUGGUAGAGGAUUUGGGGAAACCGGUCUUCAUCAGUAAAAUAUGCAACACAGUAACAGCAGUGGGUUUAAACAAAUUAGCAGAAGAAUUUGGUGUGCCAGAAUUUGAAAUGAAACUAAUUAGUGAAGGGCUGCAGAAGUCUCCGGGACAUGAUUUGCGGUCUCAGUUCCAGGAACCCCUGUUUCGCAGAAGUAUUACAUCCCUAGAAGAUAUUCGUCCUGGAGCAGUACUCACAGGUCGGGUACAAAAUGUAACACAUUUUGGUAGCUUUGUGGAUAUUGGAGUUGGUCAUGAUGGUCUGAUCCCUCAGAGCCGACUUCGUAACACCAUAGUGCAACUUGGAGACAGGAUUGAAGUGAAGGUGUUUUCUGUUGAUAUCAAUCGUCGCAGAAUAGGCUUGGAUCUUGUUCGAGUUCUUUGAUGUUUUACAGUUUAAAAUAUACACACAUAUACUUUUUCCUUGAAAAAAAAAAUAUUUGUGAAAAAUAUUUGAAAUUCCACAGAAUAAGACCAAAUAAGGAAACAAAGAUAUAGAACAAAAUUACAGAUCAGAUUUUAUAGAAACAGAACUACCAUCACUAUUGACUAUACUUUUUUAUGGCAAGAGUCUAUUUUGUAAAAGUUUAUUUUGAGUCACAUUAUUUGCCAGAAACAUCGAAGAGUACAGUGAACAAUGCAGUUGUAGGAAUUUGGAUUACCAUUUUAAGUUUCCAGAAUGUAAGAAAAUUUGAACUUUUUUUUUAACCAAGCUGCAGUAACUCUGUUUUCUUUUGAGUUACAGGCGUGGAACAAUGUGUUGGAAUGAAGGUCUUGGUGUCUAUCUGAUUUACUCUUCUUUCAUACAAAUUUUGUACUUCAUCUGAGUUUUAAGGUAAAAAUUCAGUAGAAUACAGUGUGAAAUUUGAGGUUUUCAGUGGCAACGAGAAUUCAGAUUGUGGCUUUCCAAGUUGAUAUCACGUGGUUUUGUAGGUGGUUACCAACAUUCUGGAGGAACAUUGUGCUGUGAAGAUGGAGAUUGUGUUCCUCUGAAAUGAUGGUAACCAAUGUAAGAUUUGAGGUUUUCAGGGGAUAAGAAAUGACAGUGUAAUUUGAGUAUGCCUUUAUGUCAGUACUUGAGUCAACGAGUUUGCAUUAUUUCUUGGAUUUUCAUGAAUAAUCUAUCAAAGUCACAUGCUACUUACAUUCAGUGUAAUAAUUGGCAUGUGAAUAUAUUUUAUUUUAUUUAAACUUUGUGUUGGGCACAAAGAAUUCUGAUGAACACUGUGAUUACUUCACCAUUUUUACACUGACAACAUCCUCAUUUCCAUGUAUUUAUGCUGUCAUGUCACUCUAGCAUUUGGAAUACUUAAUUUUAGGUUUCAUUUAGUAAGAAGUUCUAUCUUGUCAGCAUGGAAAUGUAUUUGGAAUGAUCUGUGCACAGCAUUUUGCAUUUUCAAUAUUGUGUGCCUGUGUCACCGUGUUCAGAAAUUUCUUCGUAUUACAAUGUAAUGCGACUUAUUCCACAACAGCCAUGAAAUUUAAAAAAAAAUGCCCUUUCUGCCUUGGAAAUUGGUAUGGUUGAUGUAUAAUACAAAACUUAUUCUUGGGAGGGAACCAGAGUAUUUGCUUUUAAUGGCAUUGCCACUAUGUUGUGUGUUUGGUGGUAAAGAUUUUCGAAGAUUAGAUUAUGAUGACCUCUGUGCAUGUUGUUCACAUGCAAGUUCUGUUUGUAACUACACAUGAUAUUUUUCAGUGUUAAUAAGAAACUUUCUUUUUCUUUGCAUUUUGUAUUUGUAGUGUAUUUUCUGUUGUUCAAAAGGCAUGUACUGUUUUAAGGAGAUAUUCAUUGUAUCCUGAUUUUUUUGUGGAUAUCAUUAAUGUAUUAUUUAUUUCUUGUGCAUAAUGUACAUUCCAUCAGUAAUUGGUACUGUUAUUUUGGUGUGAAAUGAAGUAUGUAUAGUGAAAUAUUUAACAGUUUUGUAAUGGUCUUUGUUUCUGGUGUACCUAACUGGGGAUUCCCCAUCCUGUCACUUUUGCUUACAUAAACACAUGCAUGUCUUCAUGUAAAGUGUCCAUUACUGUUGUCUGAACUUAACCAGAAUUGGAAUGUGUCAACAAAUUUAAUUAAAACUCCCCAUUAUCAAUUGUAA